GUCGGCUUACGGAACUUGUUGGGGUGGGAAGUAGAUAGAAAGAAUCGAUAGGGACGGAGGAGGAGAGUGGCUGAAGCGGAAGACUAUGGCGUCGGCGACUUCUCCCGGCACGGGGUCCGACUCCGACUCCGACCUCGAAAUGGAUCCUCCUAGCUCCGUCGACGCCUCCGAUUCGAGCUCAUUGGUCCCUGCCGCCUCGUCGAGUGGUCCGGUGGUGUGCUUUCUCCGCUUCGCUGGAGACUCAGCUGCCGGCGCCUUCAUGGGCUCCAUCUUCGGCUACGGUGCUGGAUUAGUUAAGAAGAAAGGUUUCAAAGGUUCCUUUACAGAGGCAGGGUCUUCUGCUAAGGCAUUUGCAGUUUUGUCUGGAGUCCAUAGUUUGGUAGUCUGCUUUCUGAAGAGGCUUCGAGGAAAAGAUGAUAUCUUCAAUGCAGGAGUAGCAGGAUGUUGCACUGGUCUUGCCUUAAGUUAUCCAGGUGCCCCGCAGGCACUUCUACAGAGUUGCCUCACAUUCGGGGCAUUCUCAUUCAUCAUUGAAGGGCUGAACAAGCAGCAGCCGGCUCUUGCAUAUCCAUACUCGACGAGGAAGCAUUUAGACAAAGCUGUAGCUCACCCUAAUGUCUUACCUCUUCAGCUUCCUCUUCCAGAUGAGUUGAAAGGCGCAUUCUCUUCUUUCUGCAAGUCAUUAACGAAACCCAGUGGCAGCAACUUUUCUGCUUAUCGGUGGUGAAAUUUCCACGCAAAUUGGUUGUUGCUUUAUCCCGUUUAGAAUGUCGCUGUAACUUUUGUACUUUUUAGUAGUCAAAUUGACGGAUCAAACAUUAUUAUCCCAUGAAAAGUUAUAGUGGUUGUACCAUGUACCAUUUCUCGAUGUGUGCUAGGCAGUGUGUGAAUAUUUAUGGAUGUGAGGAUCAUAUCAAUGCGGAAUAUGUGACUUUUGACAGUAGCAAA